GAUAGAGUAAAUUGUACCUGAAAAGAUUUCAUUUAGAGAAAAUCGGAAUAUUCAAACGCCAUGUUUGGACUUCUUUGCUUUUUUGUUUUACUUGCAACACGUUUCAAAGUAGAAUCUCUUGAAUGUUCGUCAGACAAAAGAUGUAGAUGUCAAAACUACCAAGGAAACGUAUGGGCAAAUUGUGAAAACCUUCACCUUACAACAGCACCAUCUUUCAAUGAUGACGUCACAAGAAUAAAUCUAGCAAAAAACAGAAUUUCGAAUUUCCCAGAAAGCCUUCCCAGGGGAAUACUAUAUUUAGACGUCUCGAAGAACAAACUGCAAAAAAUUGAUGUAACGUCAUUGAGCAAAUAUAAAGACUUGAGAAAUUUAAGUGUUUCUAACAAUAAACUUAGGACUGUUGAGCUUGGUACUUUUGAGAACUCCUCAAAACUGCUACAUCUUGAUAUUUCAGGUAAUCAGGAAUUAACUAUAGAAGUUCUUGUAAAUGUAUCGAGAGAUUUGCAAUAUUCUUCUUUAAUCCGAGUUUUACAUUUUGAAAAAUUACAAUGUACAUAUGGAGUCAGCUUCAAUCUCAUGAAAUAUCACACUGCUUUUCUUAGGCAUACAAAGCUGGAGGAACUGAACUUAGCGUCAAAUCGCAUCAACAGUCUAGAAACAGGGGUUCUAACAGAAUUACCAAAGUCCCUCAAACGUCUGAAUUUGGCUAAUAAUAUUCUGAGUUUUGGAUUUUAUUUGGCGGAGUUUGGCGAUUUGCCCAAUAUAGUCAGUCUAAAUGUAAGCUUUCAAGCUUCUUUCCGUCAGUUGCUUACCAAAGAAUUUUUGAUAAAAUGUAACGAUACCCGAGCAGUCGGCACUAGAUUCAAAGAACAUCCCAAUAUCUGGAGGAGGAACUCUAAAUUGUCAUCAUCCUUGAAAGGAAAUGUUAAUAUAAGUAUAUACCUGCCACGAAAUCUGAAAACGCUUUAUUUUCACGACAAUUUGUACAAGUUUACACUACAGGAUUAUGUUUUCAAGUAUGUCCAUAAACAAAUGUUGACACAUAUCUAUAUGCAAAACAAUAUCAUCUACGAAUUAAAUGGCCCUAUUGUAGGAGUUGGCAGUGUUGAACAUAUAGAUUUCUCCAAUAAUUUUUGCGGCCACAUCUCAUCAAAUUUCUUUCAAUAUUUUAGAAAUUUAUCUUACCUCAAUCUGUCCCAUAAUGCAUUAGGCGAAACUUUAGAAAGGGAUAAAAAUGGAGAUAUUUUUCAAUAUCUUCGUAUGUUGACCAGUUUGGACUUAAAGCGGAACAGAGUUGUUUCCCUUCCGAAUAAAAUAUUCCGCAAUCUGAAUAAAUUGGAAAAUCUUGAUGUCAGUUAUAAUUCUUUGAAUGAGUUUUCGAUACCUAUAAAUCAUAUGACAAAUCUCUUAAAUUUGGACCUCUCAAAUAACCAGUUACCGUCUUUAGAUGAGGAAACGAGAAACGCACUAGAUUCGAUAUCACAAGACAAAGAAAUCUCAGUGAAUUUAAAGGGAAACAGAUUAAGAUGCGAUUGUGAAAACUUAGAUUUUAUAAAAUGGAUGCACACUUCUAGAAAGGUGAAAUUUUUACAUUUCCAUAGUUAUUCGUGUAUUUUCUCAAAUUCAUCAAAGAUUCAUUUUUCUGACAUUGAAAAUUUACUACAGACUUUGGAGAAACAGUGUUUUUCUUAUAUUCUUCUUAUCGUGGUUAUGACGUCAUUAAUAAUCGUCGCCUUAACAACCGCUCUCAGUCGCAUUCUCUAUAGAUACAGGUGGAAAUUGAGAUAUAUGUACUAUGUCGCUAGAGAAAAGUACAAAGAUAACGAAUUAUAUAGCCACAACACUCAUGGAAAACAAUAUCAUUUUGAUGCAUUCAUGUCUUAUGCUGACAGUGACAGACAAUUUGUUAUUUCCCUUGUGAAAUUUCUGGAAGAUAAAAGCAACUUAAGGCUGUGUAUACAUCAUCGUGAUUUCAUCCCAGGGACAGGUAUUGAAGAUAACAUUACAAAUGCCAUUCAUAACAGCAGACAAACUGUUUGUAUUAUGACGUCACAUUUUUUAGAAUCAUACUGGUGUAUGUUUGAACUGAAUAUGGCUCGAAUGGAAUCUAUUUAUUCGCGAAAUGGUGAAAAUGUUCUUUUUCUCGUGGCUUUAGAGGAAAAUGUCAUGAAAAAACUGCCGUUUUCUCUGAUGGAUCUGAUAGAAUCAAAAUCGUAUGUAGAAUUUCCGGAGGGAGGAGACGAAGAGGAAGUAUCAGCUUUCAGAUCGAACUUAAAGAGACACUUAAAUCGUGUGACAAUGUCUUCAGACACUUAAAGGGUACUGCUUAUAAAAAUUGGGGAAAAAAGUCCAAACGACAAGAAUGGAAAUAGAAGUAGAAUAAAUUUUACCGAUUUUCUUAUUUAUUUGAGUCACAUUCAUGCAUUCUUUAAAUGAUAUAAUCCUAAAGACCACGUGGAGGGGAAAUUUGCCGAGACACUCUCAGACAAGUUACUUGUAGAAUAUUUAAACUAUAUAUUGGCUAAAAUUCAAUGAAUGAAACAGGCAGUUUCCACAAAGACUACAUGAUGAAAUUCAAUUACAAUUGCAUUUUAUUUUCAUUACUGAUCUCGACGUUAAUAUUUAAGAUAAAUUCGAAAUUCCCAAUAAUAUUCAAUUCUAAAUCAUAUUCCCAUAUUUACAUUCACUGAAUAUCACUGAAUGAAAACCACGGUCCUUAUUCAGAACUUAAACGCUGCUUAACAGGCCACCUGUACGGAUUUCUUGAGCGGUGGCUCUUCCAUCAAUAAGCCAUACAAUGACGUAUGAACAAUAUUCAAUGUUUUUAAUCCUAAUUUAUAUGACUAUUUAUAUAGACAGAUAACGCAGGUUAUGUAUUAUUCCCUCAACAGCUGCAAAAUUAAUAUCCAAAUUACAUGUGACAACCAAAGAGAGCAUUUAAUACACGUAGUUUAAGUAAUGGCUGGAAAUUCUACCGCCCUACGAUGUUAAUGUACAAGAAAUGACGUUCCAUUUGCAAUUCUUCUAUCAAAACGCCGUACUUUA